AUGUUCUCUGCUUUGGCUUUCCAAUUACCGGCUCCCGUUAACCAGCCCGCUGUCUCGGAGGAGGAAGAGACGUAUGACGCUCCCGCUACACAACCAUCCACAUCCACCAAUGUCGUCCUUCGCCAGGCGGCACCGCCAUAUGGUCAGAGGAGAGGAUGGAAACCGACCUCACAAGAGGACUUUGGUGAUGGUGGAGCGUACCCGGAGUGCCCUAUCGCACAAUACCCUAUAGAAAUGGGUAAAAAGAAGAUGUCCUCCGGUAACACACUCGCUCUACAAACCGACAAGGAUGGGAACGUGCGAUACGAUGCCAUUGCUCAGCAGGGCCAACGCGACGGCAAGAAAGUCCAGUCGCAGUUCAAAGAUCUCGUCCCCCUCUUUUAUCGCAAAGACCUCACAGAAGAAGAGAAAGAAAUGGCGCGGCCGUCCGAGGAGGAAGUUGCGGAGACCACGGAGAAGACGCGCCUGGCGCUCGAGAAGAUUACGCAGGGAAAGAUCAAGACCGCGAACCCCAGCACGGUGCCAGGAGCGUCAGGCAAGACGCAGUUUAUUCGAUACACGCCUGGCCAGCAGAACGGUGGUGCCAUGCAGCAGCGCAUCAUCAAGAUGACUGAGGUCGUCGAAGACCCACUUGAGCCGCCACGCUUCAAGCACAAGAAGAUUCCGCGUGGUCCGCCGAGCCCGCCACCACCUGUGCUGAGGAGUCCCCCGCGGAAGGCGACAGCGCAGGAGCAGAAGGAAUGGAUGAUCCCGCCGUCCGUGUCGAACUGGAAGAACAACAAAGGUUUCACCAUCCCACUCGACAAGCGGCUGGCGGCGGAUGGCCGUGGUUUGCAAGACGUCACUAUCAACGACAACUUUGCCAAGUUCUCCGAGGCGCUCUUUGUUGCCGACCGUCAUGCUCGCGAGGAGGUACGGCAGCGCGCACUCAUGCAACAGAAGCUCGCGCAAAAGGAGAAGGAAGCAAAGGAGGAGAACCUUCGUCUGCUUGCCCAGCGCGCUCGUGAAGAGCGUUCGGGUAUUGCACCACGCGCUACCGGCCCCUCUGCCGACUCUGCCGCUGCCAUGAAGAACUCCCUCGCCGCAUACGACAGCGACUCUGACACAGAGCCUAGCGAGGACGAGGAGGACGAGGAAGCUGCCAAGCUUCGCGACCAGAUGAGGCAGGAGAAGCGCAGGGAACGCGAGCGCGAGAUGCGGAUGAACAACAUGGGCACUGAACAGCGCGCGAAGAUGCUCGCUCGCCAGCAGAACCGCGAUAUCUCUGAGAAGAUUGCACUCGGUUUGGCGAAGCCUACCAUGGCCAAGGAGAGCAUGCUUGACGCACGGUUGUUCAACCAGGAGUCGUUGUCAACUACGUUCGGCGACGAGGACAGCUACGGGUUGUACGAUAAGCCGCUGUUCCAUGGGUCCACCGCUGCUGCGGCUAUCUAUAAGGCUCGCGGGAACAUCACGGAGGGUAACGAGGAUAGCUUCGGUGGCGGAACGGAGGAAGGUAUCGGCAAGGCGUUGGAUAACGACCGCUUCGGACUGGGACGGGCGCAGGUCGGGUUCGAGGGCGCGGCGGACCAGGAGGUGAGGGAUGGCCCGGUACAGUUCGAGAAGGAUACGUCGGACGUGUUCGGUGUCGACAAGUUCUUGGACGAGGCGAAGAGCGGCAAGAAGCGGGGCUUGGACACAGAGGCUGGUGGUGCGCGCAAGCGUCAGCAAAUGGAUCGUGCAUCCGAACGCGAGUGA